CCCCCGCCGUGGAGCGGCAUGGGAACUUGCCCCCCCCCCUCGGCCAGGCCAGCCCCAUCACCUCGGACGAGGAGUACCUGAGCCCUCUGGAAGAGUUCCCCGAGUCUGGCACCCCCCAGCACCGACCGGCCAUGAAGCUGCAGAUAUCCCUGUCAGACCAGUCGGUGCUGGAGGGGCAGGAUGUCAGCAUGAGUGUCCGUGUCCAUGGGGAGCCCAAACCCAUCAUUUACUGGCUGAGGAACCGGCAGCCAGUGAAGUACAGCCGUCGGCACCAUGUAGAGGAGGCAGAGGGAGUGCGAGGGCUCUUCACACUGCACAUCCUGGCGGCAGAGCACACUGACACCGGCUUCUACACCUGCAAGGCAGUCAACGAGUAUGGCACCAAACAGUGUGAGGCCAAGCUGGAGGUCAGAG